AUGGACGCUACCACGGAAUCGACGCCUGCGCCCCGCGCGUGCUACGGCUGCGGCGAGGUCGGCCACCAGCGCCGCGACUGCCCCACUGGCGCUAGCUCGGCGCCGCGCGGCAACGCCAUGUGCUAUGGGUGCAACAAGCCCGGCCACUUGAAGCGCGACUGCCCGACCAGCUCGCACUCGGUGCGCGCGUGCCACAACUGCGGCGGUACCGACCAUUUGCGCCGCGACUGCCCCGAAGCCGAGCGCCCGCGUGCGUGCUUCAACUGCGGCGAGACGGGCCAUGUGCGCAACGAUUGCCCGAAGGAGCUGCAAGACACACGCAAGUGCCACAACUGCGGCGGUUCCGGCCACUUGCGUCGCGACUGCCCCGAAGGUAACGACGCGACGACCGACAAGUGCUACCAUUGCAACGAGUCGGGUCACUGGGCGCGUGACUGCCCCACGAAGCAGGCGUAA